GUCAUUGUCUGGCUGUCAAUUGCAAUGGUCAUGGCCUUGGACUUUCUGGCACCCGUUCUGACGUUUUUCGGCUGCAUACCUCUCGAUAAGAAUUGGAAUGUUAUGUACCAGGGUUGGUACAGAUGCUGAGCAAAGGUGCGUCUCGAGCUCUCGUGCACACAGGGGGGUGAGUAACAUUGUCACCGAGGUAUUAUGGAGAGCAUGACAGUGACGGUGCCACAAAUACCAGAAACAGAAGCAAAUGAGCCUGUCGACGAGAACGACGACGAUAUUGACGACUUGUUCGAUUCAGAAGACGAAGAUGCGCCCGACCUGGUCGAAUCAAGCAAUCCCAGUGACUUCACAAAAACCUACAAUAGACAGCGGAAACUAAACGACCCGUCGAUACCCGCCGAUUACAAACCCAAGAACAACCCACAAAAGCCCUCCGCAAACACAAAUCUCUCACUAGACGAUCAGGUCGCAGCACUGUCGAAGCAUGCCAGCAAAAUCCGCCUCGACAACCGAUUCAGCGGUGCCACUGGCGGCAGUGCGCGUGACAAGGAUAAAGCAGACCGCGCCACAACCGAGCAGGUGCUGGACAGGAGAACGCAAAUGAUUUUGCUCCAGCUCAUCAACCGCAACACAAUCAGCGAAUUGAACGGUGUCAUCUCCACUGGCAAGGAAGCCAACGUCUACCAUGCCAUCAGCGAAGACCCUGAAAAUGGCGAGCAGACACACCGCGCAGUCAAAGUCUACAAGACAGCCAUCCUGGUUUUCAAGGAUAGGGCAAAAUACGUCGAAGGCGAAUUUCGAUUCCGCCAGGGAUACAGCAAAGGCAACAACCGCGCAAUGGUGAAGCUCUGGGCUGACAAAGAGCGUCGCAAUCUUGCACGCAUUCACGAUGCCGGCAUCCCCUCGCCCGAACCCAUUGCGCUCCGCACACACGUACUCGUCAUGGGUCUUGUAGGCGACCGCAAAGGCAAGCCCGCGCCGCGACUUAAGGAUGUGCGCUUUGAUGGUUUGACAGGCGAGGAAGAGGACGCGAAAUGGACAGACCUGUAUAUUGAGAUGCUGGCAUACAUGCGCAUCUUGUACCACACGUGUCGCCUUGUGCACGCAGAUUUGAGCGAGUACAAUGUGCUCUACCACCAGGGACGACAGUGGAUGAUCGAUGUCUCGCAAGCCGUUGAACACGACCACCCGCGCUCUCUGGAAUUCCUACGCAUGGACGUCAAGAACGUGUCAGACUUCUACCGAUCAAGGAAUGUCGAGGUUCUCAGCGAGCGAAAAGCGUUUGCGUUCAUCACCGCAGAGGCGGGAGAAAAGGAGGUCAAGGAGAUCGAAGCUAUCUCAAACAAUGCGCGUGAAGUCAUGAAGCGCGAGCCGCAGACCGAGGAAGAGAAGAAAAAAGAAGAGGAGGAUGAUGAGGUCUUCCGUAAUCAAUACAUUCCGCAAACCCUCGACCAAGUCUACGACAAAGAGCGCGAUGCCGACCUCGUCAACGCCGGCGAAGCCUCGUCACUGCCCUACCAAGAUCUGCUCGCCAACACGGUCACCGCUGCCAAUGCCGCGAACGCUGCGGAAGGCGACCAGUCGGGUGAAGGCGGAGUGGAACUGGAGUCUUCAGACGAGUCAGACGGGAGUGAUGUCGACCAGAGCAUAUUCGACAAAGGCCCUUCGCGGGGCAAGAAGAACAUGGACAAGGACGAGAAGUUGGCACACAAGAAAGCCGUCAAAGCCGAAAAAGCGGAGAAGAGGAAGGAGAAGAUACCUAAGCAUUUGAAGAAAAAGUUGGUCAGCGCGAGCUCGAGAAGGAAAUAG